UGCGAUCUAGUUUCACAUCUUACCUUAUAAUGGGCAUGGCUAUAAAUGAACCGGCUCGCAAUUAAGUAUUUGUUCCGCUAUAUUGAUCAGGUAGCCAUUAUCAUUCGAAAGGAGGCGCCGUUGAAUCACCAUUUCACAAAACGCCUUUACACAUCCCGUUUCGUAGCGAUUAAAAACAUACGCCUACGAUUUGAAGAAAGCGCUCACAGAGAUUAUAAUAGAAUUGAACACAGCAAUUAAAAAGAUAACAAAAUGGAGGAUGAAAACGAAUAUAAAAAGUUGCCUACAGAAGAGAAAUGUGUGCAUAAAUUAUGGAAAGCUAGAGUAACAGGCUAUGAGGAAGCAAUUAAGUUAUUUAACCAAAUUGAUGAUGAAAAGUCUCCAGAAUGGAACAAGUACUUGGGAUUGAUAAAAAAAUUUGUCACAGAUAGCAAUGCUGUUGCUCAAGAGAAAGGUCUUGAGGCGGCACUGGUGUUUGUGGAGAACUGUGGCCAUGCUGGAAAGACUACUGGUGAGGUCAUGUCUGGUAUUGUGGCUAAAUGUAUUGCCGCACCUAAAACAAAAACAAAGGAUUUGGCCUUACAGGUGACACUAAUGUACAUAGAAAUAGAAAAACACGAAAUUGUAGAAGAGGAAUUACUAAAAGGCAUGGAACAAAAAAAUCCCAAAGUAGUAGCUGCAUGUAUUGCUGCACUGAACACUUCACUGAAGCAGUUUGGUAAUAAAGUAAUUGCUAUAAAGCCCAUGGUUAAAAAGAUACCCAUACUUCUAGCAGACAGAGAUAAAAGCGUUAGGGAUGAAAUGAAAGCACUAGUCAUUGAGAUGCACAGAUGGAUUGGUGCGGCGAUAGAGCCUCAUAUAGCUUCACUCCAAGCUGUCGUACAACAAGAGCUCCGGGAAUCAUUCGGAAGCGGAGGCGGCGCGCAGCCCACUCGCUACUUGCGCUCGCAACAGAACCGCGUCAGAGAAUGCGCUGUAUCUGACUCUCCUGAUGGUACAGUAGAUGACGAUGACGCGGAGACGGGUGGCGGCGACUCUGGCGACAUGGAUCCAUACGAUCUCUUGGAUCCUGUUGAGAUCCUUUCCAAGAUUCCCAAAGACUUCUAUGAAAAAUUGGAAGCCAAGAAGUGGCAAGAGAGAAAAGAAGCUCUUGAUUCUCUAGAAGCCUUGCUAAAGACUGCUCCCAAGUUAGAACCUGGCGACUAUGCUGACCUUGUCCGAGCUUUAAAAAAGAUAAUAUCAAAAGACACAAACGUGAUGUUGGUCGCUCUCGGCGGUCGAUUGCUUGGUAUGGUUGCCAGUGGACUCCGCAACAAAUUCCAGCCCUAUGCUGUCGCAUGCGUGCAAGCCAUACUAGAAAAGUUCAAAGAAAGGAAGGCCAAUGUCGUCACCGCUUUAAGAGAAGCUAUCGAUGCCAUAUAUCCCUGUACAAACUUAGAAGCCAUAAUGGAGGACAUGAUAGCAGCAUUCGACAACAAAAACCCACAAAUUAAAUCAGAAAGCGCGCUGUUCCUAGCGCGUGCACUCUGUCACACACAGCCGGCUGCUUUCAACAAGAAACUAAUCAAAGCCUACGUAGCUAGUCUGCUCAAGUUACUCGAAAGUGCCGAUCCUGUGGUGCGUGAUUCUGCUGCUGAAGCGCUUGGUACAGCCACCAAGUUGGUGGGUGAGAAGAACAUUGCUCCCCAUAUUGGUAAACUGGACAACCUGAAAGAACAGAAGAUCAAGGAGUUUGCUGACAAGGCUGUGAUUCAAGUGAAAUUGGCGGCUCCUAAGAAAGAACCCAAGCCUAAAGCGGCGGCGCAGCCAUCUGGUAAAGGAGACGGUAAACCUACCGCAGGUUCUGCGCAACCGAAACCAGUCAAACGGCCAGCCACAGGUCCUGCCAAGAAAGUCGGAGCGGGUAUCAAAAAACCUUCAGGCGGGCGUAGUCAACCCAGUCCGCCGCGGGAACAGGAGCUCUCGCAGGAAGAGGUGGACGCGAAAGCCGAGACGCUGUUCCCCGCUGACGUCAUCACUGGACUCGGCGAUGGUAAUUGGAAGACCCGUCUGUCAGCAGUCCAGAGUUUUCACUCAAACGUACAGGGGUUGACUACAAACGACGUAACAGCGCAAGUAUUGUAUCGCACUCUCAACAAGAAGCCAGGGCUGAAAGAUACAAAUGUACAAGUGCUCAAAGCUAGAUUGGAAGCUUGCAAGUAUAUAACGGAGAAUUUCCCUGUCUCUGUUACGGCAGCAGACUUUGUUCUCCAAGACAUAGUGACAAAGCUAGGGGAGGCGUCGUGUGCGUCAAUAUCUGCCGAUUGCCUUACCUCGUUGGCCGAAGCUUGCGGACUCGAACAUGUACUAAACGAGGGUCUCUCAUUUGCAAUGGACUCACAAAAGAACCCUAAAGUGCAGUCUGAAAUGUUUAAUUGGAUGUCGAUCGCUAUAAAGGAGUUUGGAUUCUCUAUGAAUAUAAAAGGUAUUGUCGCGCAUGCAAAGAAAGCUCUUUCGGCUACGAAUCCAAAUGUGCGAACAUCCACAGUUAACUUCCUCGGAACAUUGUCUCUGUAUGUUGGACCAUCUCUCUUGAACCACUUUGAUGGCGAGAAGCCAGCGACUAAACAGCUGAUUAGCUUGGAACUAGAUAAAUAUGCUAACAGCACUCCGCCCACACCAACUAGGCAAUUGGGUGGAGUCAGUAAGUCGGCAAGCAAAGCGUCAAUGGGAGAGGAUUUGGAUGAAGUGGGAGUGGAGGAGGAAGUGGAGGAUACGCGCCCAAGAACCGACAUUGCUCCACUGAUCACCGAAGCACUCAUCGCAGAGUUGAACGACAAGAAUUGGAAGGUUCGCAAUGAAGGCCUUGAUAAAGUGAAGGCCAUAAUUACGUCAAGUUCCCCCAUAAAGCCAUCAUUGGGUGAAUUGCCGGCGGCACUAGUGGCGCGGCUACUGGACUCCAACUCGAAGCUUGCGCAGAGCGCGCUGCAGAUAUGUGAGACCCUCGCAUCCGCUAUGGGGCCCAAGUGCAAGCAGCAUGUGAGGACGUUUUUCCCGGCUUUCUUCCAAGCGUUCGGCGACAGCAAGCAGUGGAUCCGCGCGGCGGCGGUGUCGUGCGUGCAGGCGUGGAGCGCGGCGGCGGGCGCGGCGGCCGCGCUCGACGGCGAGAUGGUGCACGACGCGCUGCGCGCCGGCUCGCCCGCCCUGCGCGCCGCGCUGCUGCAGUGGCUCGCCGACCACCUGCCCGCAGUUCCGCCAAAGUCAUUCCCUCGCGAGGAGUUGGCGGUGUGCGUGACGACGCUGUACGCAUGCUUGGAAGAACGCGCAGCUGACGUUCGCAAGGCAGCCGCUGACUGCGUGCUGCCAUUCAUGCUUCACCUUGGUUACGACCAUAUGCACAAGCAACUUGACAAACUGAAACCUGGCUCCAAAACAGUAGUCCAAGCGGCGUUAGACAAAGCCCGACCAAACUUACCGGUACAACCUUUGCCUGCUAAAGGCAAAAAGGAGGAGCCGCGAGGAGUCAAGUCUGCAGGAGCACUGAAGAAGGAAGCUGAGAAAAAAGCUGUUGCUGUCAAAGGCAAGGGUCCAGUGAAGCCCACAUCAGCGUCAAGCCGAGGCAAAAAGGAUGAUGAGGAUUGCACACCUCUUCUGCCGAACAACAAUGCCAAGAACCAGCGAAUCAUCGAUGACCAGAAACUUAAAGUCCUGAAGUGGAAUUUUACGACUCCGCGCGAAGAAUUCUUCGAACUACUUAAAGAACAAAUGACAACCGCCGGAUUAAACAAGCAACUUGUGGCGAAUAUGUUCCACAGUGACUUCAGAUAUCACCUAAAAGCUAUUGAAGCACUCUCUGAAGACUUGCAAGAGAAUGGUUCAGCACUAAUGGCUAAUUUGGACCUGGUACUCAAGUGGCUCACCCUCCGGUUCUUCGACACCAACCCAUCUGUCAUCCUAAAGGGUCUGGAGUAUUUGUCACAAGUGUUCCAAUACUUGAUGGACAGUGACUACACGAUGGCAGAAUAUGAAGCUAAUUGCUUUAUUCCUUAUCUCGUCCUUAAGGUCGGUGACCCGAAGGACACUGUCCGAAAUGGCGUCAAAGCGUUGUUCAAGCAGAUUUGCGUCGUCUAUUCUGUCACUAAGCUAUUUGGAUAUCUGAUGGAGGGACUAAAAUCUAAGAACGCGAGACAACGAGCUGAGUGCCUGGAGUGCAUCGGCCACCUGGUGGAGACGUACGGGCCGACGGUGAUGGCGCCGGCGGGCGGCGCCGCGCUCAAGGAGCUGGCGCGGCACAUCGGCGACCGCGACAACGCCGUGCGCUCCGCCGCGCUCAACUGCAUCGCCGCCGCCUACUUCCUCGAGGGCGACAAGGUCUACAAGAUGAUCGGACAGAUAUCAGACAAAGACCUGUCACUUCUAGAAGAGCGUAUAAAGCGUGCCGGCAAGAGUCGCAGCGCAGAAGCGCGAAGGUCUAUGGUGGUGCCUUUGUCGGCUUCUGGACGACCCAUACUGCCACCGCCUGAGGACAAUACCUCUAGACAUUUGAUAUCAGCCGACAAUCCGCCCGUAGAGUAUGAAGAGGAGGAAGAGGAAGAACCCGCUCCGCCUCCGCCUAAUCCUGUGGCACCGGAGCCGAAAGUGAUCACGGGCCCGUUUGGGCUGGACCCUGAACUGAUCGCGCAGCUGGAUGCAGCAGUACCUGUGGUGCGCCGACCAGAUGUCCCCGAGCUUGACCUCAAGUUCCUGGACGAACCCAUUCCCGCGGGGACCACACGACCUCACCAUACGGCACACGUGUCCCACGUGCCUACCGUGCCUACCGUACGACACAGUAUGGUCCCGAUGUCACCGCCGCGCCACCUGGCGCCACAUCCGCUGGUGACCGCACAACAUACGCAACACACAUCCACCAUCGACGACUCGCAACUUGCGGACACCAUACACUCCAUAGCCAGUCCUGACUUGAAUGCGGCGAUACGCGCGCUGUCGCUGAUCUCGGGCGCGCUGUCGUCGGGGCGCGGCGCGGCGCUGGCGGCGCACGAGCAGCGCCUGGUGUGCGCCGUGGCCGCGCAGGUGCGCCGCCUGCGCGCCGCGCCGCCGCCCGCCGCCGACGCGCUGCCCGCCUACAAGUGCCUCGCCGGCGCGCUCACCACCUUCUACGAGACGGCGGGGUGUGGAUCGCAAGUAAACGAGUCGGCGCUGUGCUCGCUGCUGGGCGAGCUGCUGCGGGUGCUGGGCGGCGCGGGCGGUGCGGGGGGCGCGGGUGGUGCGGGGGGCGCGGGCGGCGCGGAGGGCGAGCGGCUGGUGCGCGUGCUCAACAACGUGUGCGUGCGCGUGCUCGAGCACUCGCCGCGGACUGCGCUGCUCUGUGCAAUAGUGUCCCUCCUACACGAAUCCAUUGGUGUAUCAGACCCAGCAUAUCCCCGGUAUCAGGACCUACUACUCAAGUGCUUCUGGAAGACCCUCAAGAUGAUAUCCACGUGGGAUGUGGACUCUAUAGACUAUGACGCUGUUCUGUAUAAGAUACACUUGUUCUAUAAGGCCUAUCCAAAUAGUUAUUGGAAGAAAAAUCCCGAUAUAAGCGACACCCCAUACAGAACGGUGAAAACGUUGGUGCACACUCUAGUCAAGAUGAAGGGCGCUUCUAUUACGACUCACCUCACACAGAUACCUGACGUUAACGAAUCAGACUUGUAUCCCUACCUGCUGAAAGUUCUCAAGCAACUGAAACUGGAUGAGAAGAAAGAGAACACAACGGAAUCUCUAAACGGCGGCGGUGUGAUGGGUGUGACGAACGUGAUGGGCAACAGCGCGCUGUCGGCCGGCCGCCUGCCGCGCGCCGUGCACGAGGAGCUCGCGCUCAUACUCAAGCGCAUCGGCAGCAAGGAACACAACCGGGACGCGCUUGCGCAGCUCUACGACCUUAGGGAACGUCACCCUGAGGUAGACAUUUGGACUUUCAUGCAGGGCUCGUCAUUCUACUUCCGCAAUUACGUGGAGCGAGGAUUACGUGAUGUAGCCGAGCAGAGGAAACUUGCCUCCAUGCCCAUAUACAAACACGACUACAAAGCAGAUAAUAUAGAUAUAAGCAAUGAGAAUGAUGAAAAAUCGCAUGUUAUCUUUUUGGAGCGUCUCAGAGCUUUACAGGCGAAAGCAGGUCUGAAAACAGACAGCAACCCUUCAUCGCAGCCGCGCACGCCGGUGGGCGACAACCGCACCCUCACCGACUCUAUCAACGACAACACGCUGCCUCGCACGCACUCUAUCGACCCGCAACUAGAGCUCCAUACAACACAAACCAUUUCGCAAAAGAACGAAGCAGCCGUCGAUGCGCUACGUCUCAAACUACAACAAAUUAAGAGUUCAUCCAAGAGAUAAGGCUGUCUCAAUCGCACCCCCCACGGAUUUGGUAGCUCUCACUCUCACACGUCACAUUGUAAUCACAUCAGCGACCAUACGACGCGCGAAUUAGGACCUUAUCGCGCUCUGUUAAAGUAUGUACAUUGCAUAACAUUUCAUUGUAAUGAAAUUAUUAGGACGAGUGUAUAAUUUUAGUAAUCAGAGUAGAAUAAAUUUUCGUAUACUGAAUAAUUCAUUAGAUACGAGUUACUUGUUGGUAAUAGAAUCUGUUAAAGUGUACUAAAUGGACUUGCCCUUGAUCAAAAUUACAAUAUUUUCAAUGAAUCUCGAUUACUUGUAUUUUAGGAAGAUACAGUAUUUAUCCACAUCACAACAAUCAAUAUGGUACUAUUUAUUUAUUAUCCCAGUUCCUAAACCAGUUUAGUAUUAAAACUUUCUCCUCAAUGGCCUAUCAAGUGUCUUGCAAUUAGCAAACUAUAAGCGUCCAUUUGUCUGCCCCCUAACCGAGAAUACGAUUAUGACAAUACGGCUAUACAAUAUCCGUAAACAGGGUACAAUGGCAAUACAAAUCUAGCUAUGUCUUGCUAGGGGGCUAUUAAUUGUAAGUUUACACUCAUGAGAACCUGGUAUUCGCCUUAUUAAUGUAUGAAUUAAAAAGAAUUGUAAAUACAGAAAAUGUCCCACAAAAGGUUUUGAUAAUGAAGGAUAUUUGACAGAAAAAAGAUAAUUUGUGUCAGGUUUUCAGAGUGGUGUAAGGUAUUUUGUUUGAAUAUGAAUAUGGUUUGUAGUAACAAUCUUUACAAAUACAAUUUAUUCUAUAUUCGCUUGCCACUUAACCCAGGAUACUGUUAAACUGUUAAGAUUAUUUUCACUAUAUUUGGCGUUUUGUUGUCUAAAUUAAUCAAAUACAGAGAUCUGUUCAAAAUAUGUUACAAACAAAAUGGUUCAGUUAACGAUGAUUGCGACAAAAAGUCUAAUAUUGCUGAUUUACAUGUACAUUUAGAUAACAUUGUAUACCUGUCAGACUUUUUAUCAUAUUUGAAUUAUUAAUAAAGUUUCGACCAUGUAGAAUAUUUAAACAACAAAUACAAUUUGUAAUUGGCUUACCAUAUAAUAAUCGUGUGAUUGGAUGCUACGCAUUAUAUGAUAUCAUAUUCAGAAUACGUAUUUUAGUAGGUCAUUCACACAAACAUUAGUUUGCACUUGUGAUAACGUUAACGCGUUUAUGCCCCACCACUUUUUCUAAAGAUACUCGACUAGAAUAAUAUAUAAACAUACACAAUGAGUGUACAAUUUUAUUCUAACAAUUAACAAUAUUAUCUGAAUAUAACCAAAUUCUUUUAUAUAAACUUGGCAAUAUAAUCUACAAUUUAUCGCGUAUCUUCUAGCCAAAUCUUACAUUCAAAUAUUACAAUAAACAACAGUUUUUAAAUUAGAAAGCGGAAAUACGAUCUUGAAGAGUUUUGUCUGAAUCAAUGUAGUUUUCAUCGUGCAUGAAAACUAUUUAUUGAUGGUAUAUUUUGGUUAUAAUGUUAAAGUUGUGUAUGUAAUUUUUAUGUAAUUUCAUUGUAUUAUUAUUUGAUUAUUGAUUUUCAAGACUGUCCCUAAGUUUUCGUGUUAUAUUAUUAAGCAAUACUCAUUAUAUUAUUUUGUUUAAAAGAUGACAUUUGACUGUUACGUUUGUAAGUUUUGUUCGAUACACGAGAGUUGUGGUCAUCCAGUAGGUUUGUUAGAAAACUUGGUGAGCUGAGAUGAGGCCAUUUAUUUAUUUCAUAUUAACAUGUAACAUUCAAUUUGAAAAAUCGGAACAUUCCGUUCAGUAUUGGUUUUUAUAGAGGUACAAAUUAUCGAUCAUUUCUCAUGUUAUUUAUAUACCAUUACAUUCACAAACAGUCAUUCAUAAUCUUUAUAGGUAUAAUAUUGCAUUAUAAAUAGCUAAUUUGUCAGUUUAUAACCGAAUUAUAAGUAGCCCAAGAAUGUUCAGCAUAGCAAAUAUAUUGUAAAGUGCCGUAGGUUGAUUCUAAAAAAACAGAUUUCAAAUACACCAAUAUUGUACUCUGACAUGUUCAUAUUUUGUUUUAUCUGUCAAACAAUCAUGUCACAUUCGUUUAAAAUAUUUAAGGGAACUUCCGAUACAAGUUGUGGUUGUUUAUUUAUUCAAUCUACAAAAUCCUAUUUUAUUCAAAUUUCCCUAUACAUCAUUGUUCCAAUUUUGUUAUUAUAGGUUAGCUAUUAUAUUAUUCUGUCUAGUAUACAUUUUGCUUUUUUUUAAUAGUAACUUCGUACUAAUUAUUGUGAGCAUUUAUUUAUAUCAAAAUUAAUAUUGUAAAUCAUGAUGUAAUAAUAAAGUUCAUACAACA